CGCAGCGCUUGCUAUCAGGACUGCUGUACUUCGCGCUGCCAGUUCCUCUGCGAGACUUCUCUUGUUGAUGUGCCAUCCUGGGUACUUGUAGCCUGUCCGACAUGCGUGUGCUGGCCGGGAGACGGAUGGAUCCACAAACUCGUAGCGAGACCAAAGCGAUCACGCGUUUGACAUGACAUCCACAUUGUGACGCCGCCCUUGUUUUAUCUUCUUACCAUAAUGAGCAGCUUUUGUUUCGCGUUUGGUGCAACAGCAGCGCGCUCUCCCAUAAGGAUUCUUGUUGUCCUCAUCCUCUUGUUCCAGCACAAGAGCUGGCACUGUUGCCACUCAUGGGUUAGUAUAAGGUUCUGAGCGUGUCGAGGACUUUGCAGACGCCAUGUUCAAUCUCUUUCCUUGCUGUAGAAAUCGGGUACAGAAUAACGGUGCAUGGUUUCAGCGCAGCUCUUGCUUGUUCUCUGGAUAACAUCCCAGCCCAGCUGGUCGCGACCAAGCAUUACCUCCGCCCUUGCAUCCAGUGCCCAUCCAACAAUUCGCGGCCCCAAACGCAUCUACUGCGCAACAAGUCGCAAUUCCUUUCAACAGCCCUGCUCCUGUCGCACCCGCCCCCCUUCAAAUGCGCCAGACCACUGUUUGGAACGUAGACUGGGUCCUCAGCAACACCCAAAUCGACCAUCGUGCUCAACAGCGCGAUGCUGCCCCCGCCCCGAACCACUGGCAGCAGCCCACUGCGCCAAGAAACCUAGGUCACCCGAAUACGCAACCGGGACAGGCAGGGCAUGGAAACGACAAUGCGCUGAUGGCGCCGCAAGCGCCCACUUCGAGUCAGAUGGUGCAAACAGCUGUCUGGGAUGUGCAGUGGACUUUGGAGAGCGAGGAUAUCGCUCAAUUGGGACCGGGACAAGGGCAGGCGCAACCGCUACGACCCGUCCAGUUUCAUACGCCCCAGCCGGCUCAGCCUGUCCGCACCCCAGUCGCAGCUUCCUCUGGGAAUGGAAAUGCCAUUUUGGGGCAGCCGGUCUUCAAUAUUGCGCCCCAGUAUCAUCUACCAGCAGCAGACCGGCGCCGCCGCAACUCGUCUGCACACGAUGGUGAGCAUCCGCACGUCAGUGGCGGAAAUAGCCAUGUCUGAUUACUCCGGAGUCCUGCUCGAAGAUGAUGACAUGGAAUGUGACGAAGAAUGGAACCAUCGACGUGCCCAGCGACGCCGGGAUGAGCGCAGACCACGACGGAAUCGUCGCCGGAAUUCGUACUCCCACGGACCACAGCAACCCAUGUAUGCAACGGCCAUGCCCUUUUUUGGAAGCGGAGGGAACCACAACCAUUACCAGCAGCAACCUGCUUUUCCUGGUUGCCAGCCGCAUAAUCCAUGGGCUCCUGGGACCCUGUGGCCGAAUCAAUACGACCCUCGGGCAGGGACUCGGUGGACGCCUGCGCCUGCUCAGCAUCCAAAUUUGUGUGCGUUUGCUCUCCAUAGCCAUUUUCUUUGAUGUUGAUAUCAUGAAGUCGCCCAUCCGGCUUACGCGCAUGAGCGACCUCCCAUUUAUUUCCAUCAGUACCGUUAGGGACCCACUGAUGGUUAUCUACCAUCAUUAGAUUAUCGAUAAGCAUGUCCUGUCAGUACGAAUCCUUAUGACAUAAUAGCACAUCUGGAUCCUUUUGUCUUC